AUGAGCACACAUUGCCCGCUCGCAGGCGCUCACCCGGCCUCCCCCAACGGGGUCUCACCGGGUGGGCUGACCGCGCCGAGGGCAAGCCUCCAUCCACGUGCCUGCAAUAGGCUCCCCAAUCACCGAGGGGCCGUCGCCCCGGAGAGGACAGCCCGGGAAAGAGCAACCGCUCGGCCCGAAAACCGCCGCAAGGCGAAGAAAACCGAGUUGGAGCCCAUCAUUACUUCGACACUCAUCGGCGUCAUAACACGUGUCGUAGCUCUUGCUCCGCGCUCAGUUUUCCAACUUUGUCUAUACAAGAUAGCCAGAAUGUAUUUUUGUAUCAGUCAACUAUAUGAUUGGUUGCAUCAUAAAUCUGUGCCGACGGUUGACACUGGAAGCAUUGCAGAGCAACCGCCGAUAACACCGCCGUCGGCACCGCCCAAGAUUCCAAUAGAAGAAUUUGUGCAUCAUCUUCAGAAAUACAUACUUACUAAAGCUACGAUGUUGUCUCGUGGUUAUCCAGUAGAAAUAGACAGCAAUUUAACAAAAGCAAUUAUGUAUGUAAACCCGCCUACCCGUAAUAAACUUUGGAAGCCGACUUAUUGGGAUGUGAACGCCAGUGAAUUCGUGCCCCGCUCACAAAAUGACCAACGGCCGCUGACUUCCUUGAAUGCAGACGCUCCUACCUUUGUACCGGGCUCGCAAUGGGACGUUAACAUUCCCGAAGUUGUACCCGGCCCUCAAACUGACAGUGGACGAAAUUCUUGGAGUUCUACACCUAGCUCCGAUAGUGAUGAAGAAAUGAACACAGUGGAACAUAUUUGUGUACGCUGUGAUAGAAAAUUCAAAAUGACUCAUGAUGGGGACUAUUUACGGAAAGAGUCGUGCCUCUAUCACUGGGGUCGUCUUGCUGGAAACAAAUUUGAAUGUUGUUCUAAAUAUGUGGGGGCUAAUGGCUGUACUACGUCUCGUUCUCAUGUAUGGAGUGGCACAAAACCCGGGAUGAACGGACCUCUCGAUGGAUAUGUGCGUGCGCGACAUCGCCGUGGUGGAGCUUAUACACUAGACACAGAAAUGUGUUACACGACCGCUGGCUUCGAAUUGGCCUCGAUAGUUUUCAUAGCGAUCGAUGGUCACAUUGUUUACAAAGAGUAUGUGAAACCCACCUCGCCAGUUGUUGAUUAUAAUACUCGUUUCUCCGGUAUUCAACCCCACCAUCUACAAACAGCUACGAAGACACUGAAAGACGUGCAAAACGAGAUACUUGAAUUUGUGGGCACGGACACAAUUUUGAUUGGUCACGCAUUAGAGAACGAUCUCAAGGCGUUAAAGUUGCUUCACAACGCUGUGGUGGAUACGAGCGAUUUGUAUCCGCACCCAAGAGGAUUUCCUUUGCGUCGAUCUCUACGUACUUUAUCGAUCGAAAUACUCGGACGUCCAGUCAAGGAUAGAAAAAGUGGUGGUCAUUCACCUGUGGAGGAUGCCCGUACAGCUUUAGACUUAGUGUUUGUGUUGGUAGAUCGAGAUCGAGCGACUGCCAAACAAAAGAUGGUUCAUCGAGAUCGAGCAACUGCCAAACACACAAUGAUUCAUAGAAAUCGAACACCUACCUACCGAACAUCAAUGGUGCUUAGAAAUAGAACAACUGCAUAUCGCACAGUAACAAAAGCUUCGAAUAGGCUGCCUGUUGUGAUGCGGUAUAAUCCAUUAUUAUUCUUGACGACUUUGUUAAUGAUUUAAUUUCUUACUGAUAAGAAUGACGUAAAUAUGUUAAACUUUUUUGGUGACGUCACGUUGCCCCAGAUCGCGAGAAACGAAAUGUCGCUUAGAAUAAGUUGCCUGUGUUGCAGAGAUACAUUCUAUUUUUAUUUUUGAUUACGUAUUCAUAUGAAUUGUAUUUGAUAACAAAUUAUAUUUUAAAUCCUAAAUAUGUAUCCAAUGUACUUUUGUUGAUGACAUAACGUUGCCGAAGUUCGCUUGCAAGGAAAUAUUGUAUGUGCCUUCGAAUUGCAGAGCUUGCAAUAAACGUAAUAUUUUUUAAAAGAAACUGUAUUAUUAUUUACUCUUCCACCCCUUAUAAAGUAAGACAGAUACUUUGUACUAAAACAAAAUCAGAUUGCUUUGUAG